AAAUUGUAGCAAACCGUUUUAUUCAAUGGAAACCGUGGUUCCUUGAACACCCUGUUGUGUACGCAAGCGCAAUGUAUUUUCCUGCCUUUUUAAAACGGUUGUGUUUACUAACUUAUCGCAGCUGAUUGGGUAACACCUGUGACAAGCCCACCAAACGGGAGAAUACAUACCUUGAAGCCCAUUGCAGAAUGUUGCACAGCGUUUCAAGUCGUUCAAUCCCCAAACGUUGCAAAACGUUUUGAGAUUGAACUUGCCCUAGGGCUUCGUUUCAGUUGUACAUGUUCCCGAACCAGCUUCGCAAACUAAACUGGAGCUUCAGAGUUUCAGAGUGACCAGACUGGGGACCUGAAUAACUGAGCCAACAUAUCAAUAAUACAGGCUGUGGUGGACUCAGAGGACGAGCCAAGAACAGAACUCAGCCUGGUAGCAUUAACUGAUGAGAUGCUGGAGACACGAGACCAAUCACAACAAUCACAUCUACAUGUAGAGCCGACCAGGGCUCCACAAGUGCUGACCGUGGAUCCGCACCACGAUGUCCAGGAGAAAUAUGUGAGCCAGACCAAAAGACGCCUCUCUCUGCAGAGCACAGCAGAGAUUCAGAGUUGCCUGGUGAGUUCAGGGGAUGUCGGCUGUGGGACUUUUCAGUGUUUCAACAACAACUCCUGUGAGAUCCAAGGCCUGCAUCAGAUCUGUCUCACUCUGCUGCACAACGCCGGACGCUACGACUCACAGGGCAAGUCAUUUGUGAAGGAUGCGUUGCGGUGCAUGGCGCUGGGACUGCGGCAGCGCUUUAGCUGCGUAAGCCGCCGGUGCUCGGCUGUAAAAGAGAUGGUGUUCUCUCUCCAGAAAGAGUGCUACUCCAAACACCAGCUCUGCUCGGCGCUACGGGGCCACUUGGACACCAUGGGAAACCUGGUCCAGUUCCAACUGAUGUUUCCCCUUGGACCAUACGUGGAGCUGAUGAACUUCUUGUUGAACUGUGGGGACGAGGUCCGGUUGUGGGUUGGACGACGGCUGCGCGGGCAGUGCGAACAACACUGGGGGGCGCUGUGCAGCAGCUUUGGCAGCACCUGUUUUCUUAGCCAAUCAGACGCUCCACAGCACACCACCGUCCCACCACCAACCGCGACCUGGACUAUCACCACUCAAGGAGCCCUGCAGCAGCCAACCAAAGCAACCGAAGUAGAGGACAGGAGCGGGCUCAGUCAGGUCCACAACGCCACAGAAUCUGGUCUACCAGAGAAAUCCAAUGUUACUGCUUCAUAAACAGUCAGACGAGUUACACAGAGGUGCAGACAGGGUACGCAAAUAUCAUGCACUUAUUACUAUUAUAUCGGUAGAAUGAGUAAAAGUAGUUGUAGUAGUUUCAUCAGACUAUUCAGUGCAGUAUUGCUGGCGAAAGCAAUGCAACAUAACGUAUUUAAUCUGUUGGGUAUUUGUACUAUAUUGUUUUUUUCUUUACAUUUUACUUUGUCAAAGAUGAAAACCAAUUAUCUACCUCACUUCAACAUCACAGUAAACCACAGUGGCAGCAUCCUUCAGCAAAGGGUGUGGACGCACGCGAGUAAACACUACAGGGAAGUUGUCUCUAGCUCAAGCACAGCUGAUGUCUGUUUUUGUAUUUAUGAGGAUUGUUAUAUUAUGCACACUAUCAAACGUUAUCUUGUAGACAGUGAGGGUGCAGUCUGCAGGAAGGGAAGCACUCUUUGGUUAAGACGUCUUAUAAAUAUAUAUUUUUGAUGCUCCACUUGAACGAUCACAUUUCAUACAGACCCCAGGUUUCAAGCUAUGUUUUUUAAGUUUUUAUUUAAAUGAAUGUAAAAACACAUUUGUAAGCAUUUUUGAUUUAAAUUAAAUAAACUACAAUGAUGUCAGUGGAGA